AUGGCACAAGAGGAGCUCUCUUUAUAUCCUGUUAUCGGGUCGAACGACAAGCGGAGACUAAAUUUACGGAAUUGCGGUCUGAUCGCUCAUCCUUCAGUGCAACUUGCUAUGAUGCAUUGGUCUGCCCAGUCUUCCGUCCCACCUAUCUGGGCCUUAGGCACUAGGCCUGUCCCAGUGCGGCUAUUCUCGCAGUUGCAUACGCUUUUAUAUCAACCGUAUGACACCAGUGUCUUCUCCCGUCUCGCACUUACCACCCUCCAGCUUCGACAUGAAUUAUCCGCUGAAUGCCGACCCCUUCAUGCGUCUCUCCUGCAGGUGCCCCUUGCCUCUCACGAACAAUAUCCAGGCAACUCGUGGUUAACGGAUAAGAAUACUUCCCCUUCUUCCACGGAAGUCUGCAUCGUUUAUGCCGUCGAUGAUACGCUUGGCGGACUGAUGCCUCGGGCGAGGAAUGUGGCGUCCCGGGCACCGAUUGGUUCGCAGCUGUUGGACUCUCCAGCACGAUCGGACCUUCGUAAAUUCCUCGAUAUGUCAUCCGCAACGCACGCGUCGUCCCAAGCCGUUCACAGCCAAGACCACGCGUGUCGGUUGCUGAUGACAUGGAUAGCUUGA